AAUUAUUUGAAGCAAAACAUAAUUAAUUAAUUCAUUAAUCAUUAAAAGAGAUAAGAGAUAGAAUUAAUUAAGAUUAAGAAUGAAGAACAAUAAGUGUUUAAUGAUGUUUGCUUCAGCUUUGUGUUUGUUGGGUCUUUUGGGUUUGGGUGAAUGUGUGGAGCCUAAUCUUAUUGUGGAAGGCAAAGUCUAUUGCGAUACAUGUCGCGCUCAAUUUGUCACCAAAGCCAGCGUUUACAUGAAAGAUGCAAGAGUGAGGUUGGAGUGUAGCGAGAGCGAAAAGGGGAAAGUGAUAUACAGCGCGGAGGCAGUUACAGAUGCAACCGGAACAUACAGAAUUCCGGUGAGUGGAGAGCAUGAGGAUGAUAUUUGUGCAAUUGAGCUGGUGAAGAGUAGUGAUCCCGAGUGCUCGGAGAUCAACUCUGAGCCUUACCAGAAGUUGAGUGCUCGGAUCAGCCUCACCACCAACAAUGGUAUAGCAUCCAAUGUUCGACAAGCCAACCCUCUUGGUUUCCUUAAGAAGACACCUCUUCCUCAGUGCAAAGAUGUCCUAAAACAGAUGGGAUUGACUCCAGAAGAUCUCAAUAAUUAAUUCAAACAUAAAUACUACUUUAUAAUUAUUAUUAUUAUUAUUAUGAUGCAUCUCAACCCAUAAUAAUCACAAAAGUAUUAUAUAAUUUUUUCUUUUUUUCUUCUUCUUAUUAUUAUUGUAUCCCCUUAUACCCACCCACCUAAUAUUAUAAACUUUGAGACAUUAUUAUUGUUAAUUCAUUUCAUUUUUUGUUAAUUAAAUUUGAUCAUUACUUUACCAA